AUGGUUGCAGAAUCUCGCUCCGUUGUGGCCGCACCACUACAGCAGACUGCGCUGAUGUCCCGAACGCGACCUGUUCGAUCUACGGUUUCUGCCAGUGUCCAGCCGGCAUGUUUCUCCACCGACGUCCGCCGCUGCCUCUCCGAGAGCUUGUAUGGGGUGAGCUGCGAGGAAGCGGUCAGUGCUCUCAUAUGCUUACCGGUGCCAAGUGCGAGAACCAAGUAUGCACCUGUGAUACGGUUUACCUACGUGCAGGGACGAUGCCGUCAGCUAGCGAAUCUCGACCAACCGUGCAAUGAGGAUGUUGACUGUUUCUUCAGCUAUAUCAUUGAAGCCGUGGUUUGCGACGAUGGUAAGUGCCAAUGCCGGGUUUUAUCUUCGAAGCACAAAUGUCUGCCGGCUUGGCCAAAACUGCCUCGUAACACGGACUGUGUCGGCGACAAUCUCGAGUGUAAUAAUGACGUCUGUGUCGAGAAAGCAGCACAAACAAAAACAUUUAGGGAUAUCGGAGUGCAGGCUAAGCCCACUUGCGACGAAAAGAAAGCGCAAGUGGAAUCGAGGGCGACCCGCGAUCAGCAGCAGCAGACCAGUGUUAAGAGCAGUAGCAGCAGCUGUGGAACUACUGCCGGUGUUGAGGAAUCGAACGACGUGCAGGAGAUAGUGCCGGAGAACCAACCAAAAAGUACCUCCAGCGGAGCGACAGCUAAGAGAGUAAGACUUCAAACAAGCGCCGAUGACACACUGAAAGAUGAUAGUUCUCACGAGUACGGUGAUACCUGCACUGUGGAAGAACAAGAAUGCAAUGGGCUGCCCUACUCUGUGUGUCGGAUGGGACAGUGUCUUUGCCGAGAUGGUUUCUACGAAGUCGGAAAAGUAUGCAAAGCUGAAUUAGGUGAAUUCGUGGAUAAAGAAGAAGACUGUGGCGGUGGAAAUUUCGUAAAUGGUAGAUGUGUUUGUGACAACCAUUGGUUUUACAAUUACCACAUGCGAUCAUGUUUAAAAGGUGUACUUGGAAUUAAUACCUCUUGUACGGCAAAUAGCCAGUGUUCUCCAUAUGGUGCUGCAUACUGCCCUGAUACCAGCCCGAGGCGAUGCAGCUGUUUUCCGUAUGCCGAGUACGAUAGCAACCAGCAGAUGUGCGUGGCUAAGAUCGGUUACGAGCAAUACUGCGAAGAUGACGAAGGCUGUACGAUGAGAAACACACGCUGCAGUGAGGUGAACACGUGCGUUUGCCGGCCGAACUUUUUCUACGUGAACGAGCUUUGCCAGGCGGCUCAAGGGGGAACGUGCGAAACCGUGGAGGACUGUGGAUUCGAAGAGGCAAGUUGCGAAAAGGAAGACGACGAGAAACCGAAAACAUGCGACUGCAUCAAGGGUUACACAUAUCAAGACAAUACGUGCCUAAAGGAAGCAGAAGCCUAUGGGGACGAGUGCACUGUAAAUGAUCAGUGCCAACCAUUGUUGGGAGACCAGGCCAAGUGUAUAGACGAGAAAUGCCAGUGUGACGGAAGUGACACGCACUACAAAGGUGGAAAGUGCCAUUCGAAAGUUGCUUUGGACGAGCGAUGCCAACUGACCAGCGAAUGCUUCGUUGAGGACGGUGCGGACAAUGUGGAAUGCCGCAAUUCGGCGUGCCAGUGCAAGUUCGAAUACUCAGCGGACGUCGAGCGACAACGAUGCGUUAAAACCACUAGCAAGAGCUCUUCCGAUCGACCAAGUGCACUGAAGGUAAUCACAUUAAUGUUGACGAGCGCAGCGAUUCUGAUUACGGGGUCGGCUUUACGAGAUGCUUACUACCGGUAGACUACGUCCAUCGGACAUUGUGUACAUCAAUACAACCGAAGCUAAUCAAAAUAUUGAUGGCGCGGACAGUGAUAAGACAGAGCUGCUCAGUAUUAUGCUGUGCAAAGACAUCGAGUAAUUUUGCAUACGGGGUAAAAUCAUCGGACGGUAUCGACUUAUGGAGAGCAAUUCACAAAUUACUCUACAUAGUAGAGUGAUCAUAUUCCGUGAGUUAUAAGAAACCGCGCCUUAACAUUUUGUUCUCCUUUACAAGAUGCAAGGAAAAACGUAACUUAUUUCUACUGGGUAUCGCAAACAUCGCCACAAAUAAAAAGAAUGGUCAGAAAUCAUUUCAUAGAAAUUCUUAGAAAAUAUAGAAAAGCAGUAAUAAGAAUAAAACAUUUUUUCGCGGAGAAGUUUUGGUCGACUAACACAAUUUUAUUUGUCGUCGCAAUCUUCAAAUAGACUUCAAUAGACUUUUUUCAAAUAGACUUAUCUGAUUUUGUAAAAAAAAUCGAACUUCAUUAAAUCAGAGAGGUCAGUUUGGUUUUUCUAUUGAGGUGUUGGCAUCAUUAAUUGUGAAUUUAUAAUAUUGUGGCCAUUUUGUAAACAAUAAUAAACAAAACAAAUAGAUAGAGUUCACUAGAGAUUAUAGCAUACUAACUUCUAAUCGUCAUAUCUUAUUUGAUCCAGAUUAUUGAAAUAUACAUUAUGAUUGUUUAAACUCCUCCCAUAACUGCAUUGUAGAUUACCUAAACAGUUCAUGUAUAGAUGACGAAAAUUUAGAAUGAAGAAAUACCGUUCGAACGACAUAUCAAUAUUCAAAGUGGUAGUGAACCAAUAUUAGAACUACGUUAGAAGCUUUCUUAUUGUUAAUCUUUUUUCGUCCCCCUCCUAGUUAGCUGUAGAUGGUUAAUACACAAUGAACUAAUGUAAGUAAAGAUUCAUCGAAAAGUUCUAAUCAAAGAUUUAAUCUGUAUAAUGAUAUUAUUAAUAAGUGAGAGCAAAAGCGAUAUUGUAGAAACAUUUAUAAAUAAGAAGCAAUAAUGAGUUGUUAAUACAAACGAAUAAAUUUAUACGGCUGUUA